GAGCCUAAUAAGUCCUCCUGGCUAGGAGGGAAAAGGAGGUUCUACUGACUGGGGGAAAAUGGUUUUUGCAAGGGUAUAGGAGAAAAGCAUGACAAGGAGGAAGCUGAGGCUGCUAAUUAAGAGAGAGGGAGGGCUUUUCAGAGACUCAAGGAAAUGACUGCAGAGCUAAAUUCUUAGUCCCUUUCAGUCUUCCCUGCAAGGGGCUCCAGUAACAAUGAAUCUAGCACAGCCGGAGUAGGCAAAGGGGCAGGAGGCGUGAGAGUGUUAAAAACCAGGGGAAGAAAUAGCUGAAGCCCUCGCAUGUCCUUUGGUUUCUGUUAUUUAUUUUAAAAGUGUAGAGAACUGCACCUUGGCAGAAAAAACCCUGUCCAGGGUUGCUGCUACAAACCCCUGAAAGGAGCGGGGGAGUCAGAAAUGUCGGAGGCAAGUGAAAUCCAAACAGCAGCAUUGCCCGAAGACAGCACCAAGCAGGGGCAGUGUCGGAGCUUCAGGAGGAAGGCAUGAACGCCAUCAACCUGCCCCUCAGCCCAAUCCCCUUCGAGCUGGACCCUGAGGACACCAUGCUGGAGGAAAAUGAAGUUCGGACGAUGGUAGAUCCAAACUCACGCAGUGACCCCAAACUUCAAGAACUGAUGAAGGUAUUAAUUGACUGGAUUAAUGAUGUGUUGGUUGGAGAAAGAAUCAUUGUGAAAGACCUGGCUGAAGAUUUAUACGACGGACAAGUACUACAGAAGCUUUUUGAGAAACUUGAGUGUGAGAAACUGAAUGUUGCUGAAGUCACCCAGUCAGAGAUUGCUCAGAAGCAAAAACUGCAGACUGUUCUGGAGAAGAUCAAUGAAACCCUGAAACUUCCUCCCAGGAGCAUCAAGUGGAACGUGGACUCUGUUCAUGCCAAGAGCCUGGUAGCCAUCUUGCAUCUCCUCGUUGCUCUGUCCCAGUAUUUCCGGGCACCAAUCCGACUUCCAGACCAUGUUUCCAUCCAAGUGGUUGUGGUCCAGAAACGAGAAGGAAUCCUCCAGUCUCGGCAAAUCCAAGAGGAAAUAACUGGUAACACAGAGGCUCUUUCUGGAAGGCAUGAACGCGAUGCCUUCGACACCUUGUUCGACCAUGCACCAGACAAACUCAAUGUGGUGAAAAAGACACUCAUCACUUUCGUGAACAAGCACCUGAAUAAACUGAACCUGGAGGUCACAGAACUGGAAACCCAGGUAUCCAUUCAGGCAACUCCUCCUCUGGAAGCCUUCCCUGACCCCUUCUGUAAGAGUGGGGUGACCUCUGUCAGUCUCGCUCAGUUUGCAGAUGGGGUGUACCUGGUGCUACUCAUGGGGCUCCUAGAGGGCUACUUUGUGCCCCUGCACAGCUUCUUCCUGACCCCAGACAGCUUUGAACAGAAGGUCUUGAAUGUCUCCUUUGCCUUUGAGCUCAUGCAAGAUGGAGGAUUGGAAAAACCAAAACCACGGCCAGAAGACAUCGUCAACUGUGACCUGAAAUCCACACUGCGAGUGCUGUACAACCUCUUCACCAAGUACCGGAACGUGGAAUAAUGGACCACCCUGGGAUCCCCACUGCCCGGAAGUUCUCGUUGUGGGCAGACUGGAGCGUCCACUGAACCACUUUAACCUGCUUAUUCCUGUCUCCUGCUCUGUGCUCUCCCACAAGUCCAGCUACAACCCAGGGAUACGGGGAAUCAAAAUUAGGAAGGAAAGGAUCAAUAACUCAGUGGACUGGUCCAGACUUCCCAGGCCCUAGGGACUUUGCAAUGGCCUGGGAAGAUGGUCCCAUCUCCUGAUGCUGGAUCCAGAUUUCCCUCCGUAUCGUGUGGGAACCAGCUUAGGCAAAAGAGAGAUUCCAGAAGAUGAAAAUAAAGGUAAUAGUUCCCAUUCAUGGCUGUAAACUGUGCCAGGCACAGCACUAAGUGCUCUGAUGUGCUCGAGCUCAUUUCUGCUUCGUGACUCCACUGAAGUAGGUGUUAUAAUCCCCUUUUAAAGAUGAAAAAACUGAGGCUCAGUGAGGUUAAGUGACUUCCAGAAGCUGGGAUUUGUUUUUCCUUUUAACAACGUAUUUGUUAAUAACUGGCCAUGUUCUAAGCUUAUGUGUCUGUGUCUGUGUGUGUGUCUGUGUGUGUGUGCAUGUGUGUGUAUGUAUGUGCAUGUGUGUCUCUGUGUGUGUGUCUGAGUCUUCAAAGAAGACACAAGCCCACUGGUCUCACUACCAGGGCCGGCUAGGUCAGAGCUUAGUGAUUCACGCUGAAAUUGGCAAAUCGAAUUUAGCCCAAUUAAUAGUGUGUGUGUGGCAGGAGUCAUGUCCCUCCAAUCUUUUGUACAAAUGAAAAUUACUCUUAAUUCCUUCAGAUUUAUAAUAACCCCAUAUUCUGGUUUCAGGGUGACAUUUGGGAAGGAUUCUGUUUAGAAUUAAUGGAGUGGCACAUUUUGCAGCCUUUUUGCUUGAUUGCAUGUAAUGGAAAUGCCCUAUAUUUUCCUGCAAAAUAAGUACUCAAUUCAUUAUCAUUAAGCAAAUGCACAAUAUAUUCAGGCACCACUGAGAACUGGGUGCGGGCCACAUGAGCUUCACUUGGGAAAUAGGCUCUUCAACAAGGACCCUUGAACUUUAAAGAAAGGAACUCCUUUUUGCCUUCUAAUUGAUCAUUUAGACCAUUUCUGGCUAAGUCUGCCCACAUGCAAUUAUUGGCUAAUUCCAGUGAGGAAAAAUGUAAGUCAUUUAGACCAAAGCCAAGCAGUUUCUUUGUGUGGGUUACUCGAGGGCUUGUGGUGACUUGUGUCCCCUCUACAUGAACCCACCUUUGAAAUAUAAUGCUCUGGUUGCCCCAGGCCCCUGUGGGAAGAGGAAAGGAGCUGGAAGGGGGCAAGAAGUAGGCGGAAAAUAUUUGCACACUUACACAUGGCAGAACACCCUCAGAGACAGAGAGCUGUGGCUUGUGGUACUUAAAACUUACACCCCUAAGUUGACCAAGGCCUUGGGAUAAUUAAUAACUUGUGCUGAGAGUCCAGCUUCAUUAUAGUAUUUUCAUAAAUGUUAGACUCCAGAAGUCCCUGCCUGCCUUGUCACUACUUUAGGCCCAUUGUACAAAGCCCAUUCUUAGUUUGCAUUUGAGAAAUUCCUUUUGAUCCAUAUCUACUGGUUCAGCCUCCUAUAAUGUCCAAAAUAUUCCUUUCAGCCUUAUCAUCAUUUCUUAGUACUAUCCCUAUCUACAGGAUCUCAGAAGCCAUAAAAACUUGGAUAUUCUACAUAUUUCCUUGGAGAUUUUUCUCUGAGAAUUGUUCCCAUGAUAAGCAUUGACGAUAUAAAGGAAACAUACUCUUGUGUCUGUUUAUGAAAAAGAAAACAAACCUUUUUUAUAUAUUACAUCUCACACUAGGAAGCGCUAAAUAGGGUAAUAUUUCUGUUUGCUCUCUUUUAAAUUCCUGGUAGCUCAUCAAGAUAAAUAAUCGCUUUGUCUCCUUGAGCAAUCCUAAAAUGGUAUGAAAUAAGAGGAAUGCCUUCAUUUAAACGUGCUUUGCUCUAAGAAUUGUGUCUCCUUGUUAUUCCUGACAUUAAAAUUACAAAUGUGCAA